CGCUAGACCAUGUGAAGGUAAACAUUAUGCUUGAAAAUGCCAUAGUGUUACUGUUACUUUCUAGGGUUCUGGACUUCCGACUGUUUUCGUCAAAGAUCGCCCAUCGCGCUUUCGGCAUGCCGAUAGUGUACGGCACCCCCCGCGACUGGGUCCGGGUCGACAGCGUUGCGCUCUACCCGCAGGAACUACAGGGACAGGGGCUGGACAAGGUGACAGAGGUGAUGAUGGGAAACCUCCUGUCCGCCAUGUUUUCCGCCACGGACGUGCAGCAGGAGUGGAACAGGGGAGAGCUGUGGGCGUUCGUCUACAGGAUCAUGUUCAGUGCAUCCUUCAGGACGCUGUUCGGGAGACACAAGGAAAACAAAGACGAGACCGCCCGACUGGUUCACUCCAUGGAAGAGUUUCAGAAAUACGACAAGCGCUUCCCAGAAAUCAUUUCGAACGUGCCGUGGUGGCUCAUGGGACAAACCAGGAAGCGAUACGAAUAUCUGAAGUCCAUGGUAUCUCCGGCUGAGCUGAGCCAGCGGGGCUUGUCCGACUUUAUGCGGAUGCGACAGGAGAUUUACACAGACGGAGAGCUGUCUGCUGACGAGAAGGCGGCCUUCAACUUCGCAACCAUGUGGGCUUCGCUGAGUAACACGGUCCCCGCCGCCUUCUGGACCCUGUACAACCUGCUGAAGGAUCCGGUCGCCAUGGCCGCCGUCAGGGCAGAGGUGGAUCAGCUUCUGAAGGAGACCGGUCAGACCUUGGAGAACGUGAAGGCGGGAGGCGAGAUGAUCCACGUGACGAGGCAGCAGUUGAACGACAUGAAAUGCCUCGGUAGUUCUAUCAACGAGGCAUUGCGCAUGUGCAGUGCCUCGAUCAUAAUCCGCGUGGCCACCGAAGAUGCCGAGCUGGCCCUGGAGUCCGGCAGUACCUUCCGCAUCCGCAAGGGGGACAUGGUGGGUCUAUAUCCGGGCUUUCUGCAUAUGGAUCCCGAAGUCUACGAUGAUCCUGAGACUUUCAAGUACGACCGUUUCUUGGAAGACGGCCAGGAGAAGACCGCGUUCUACAAGAACGGCCGGAAGUUACGUCACUACCUGCUUCCGUUCGGCCAUGGCGUUAGCAUGUGUCCCGGAAGGUUCUUCGCGCUGAACGAGAUCAAACAGCUCGUCACCAUCGCGGUCUGCUACUUCGACAUGGAAUUAAUUGACAUGGAGACCCCUCCCAUGGACCAGUCACGGGCCGGGCUGGGCACUUUAGCGCCUCUCAACGAUUGUCUGUUUCGCUAUAGGUUUAAACAGGGCUGUCUGUGAGUGUAUGUAUCACCCUUGGACACUCUAUGGCUUUCUGAAUAUAACGUUAUAAAUGAUUGACGCUGCAUAUGCGCUGUCUGUUUCUGCAUCGAGAUUAACCCUACCUA